AAUUCAUUGAUCCAAAAUUGUCAUAGUGAUUUUAAUUUGUCGGUUGUGGCCAUGAAAGUACCGCGUACCCCCGACUGGGUGACCUCCCUCUCCGUGGACCAGGCCGUCCAGUCCAUGCUCGAGAGCGGGGAGCGCAUCCUGGCCGUUCUGCCAAGUGUCCACCUCAUCCAAUUUCGUAACUGCACGGUCCUACUGCCGAUCCGUGUCAAGGUCGAGCUAAAGGACUUCUCAGUGAAGAAGCUGUCCUUUAUUUUGAAAGCCCAGCACGGCAGAAACUUCCAAGCCAAAAUAAUGAGCCAGUUGAAGCUGUUCCUGCGAGAGCACCAUAUGUAUCACACAGUUCUGCCCAAAUUCGAAGAGCUUUACAAAAAUGCGGGAAAGAAAAUACGCUUCGGCCCCAGGGCCUUCAAAAUGGACCACCCGAUCGGGGUGCACUACAUUCUCUUGGAGGAUCUAAAAGCCGACGGCUACAAGAACGCAGUGCGAUCCGAUGGCUUCAACCUGAAGUGCCUGAAGCAGGUCCUCAAGAAGCUGGCCCAGUUCCAUGCCGCAUCGGUGGUCUACGUGGAGAAGCACGGCAUGUUCGGCCAUCUACUGACACAAGGAGUCUACACGAAGGCCAACGGACCCAUCCUGAGGGAGUUGUCCGACCCGAACGCCUUUCUGACGCAGCUGCGCAGGCUUCGAAUAGGCGAGAGGUUCCACAAGCGACUGGCGGAAAAGGAGCAGGACCUCGUGGAAGAAGUACUGAAGCUACACACUCCCAACUCCAUGCAAUUCAAUGUGCUCAACCACGGCGACUGCUGGGUGAACAAUGCCAUGUUCCGGUUCGACGAUAUGGGGAAUAUCGAGGACACCGUGCUGCUGGAUUACCAAAUGGUCAAAUACGGGUCACCAGCCAAUGAUCUGUACUACACUAUUCUCUCCUCCGCCGAACGGGAUAUUCGAUUGGCCAAGUUCGACACCAUGGUCCAAUAUUAUUUCUAUUACUUACUAGAUAGCCUCAAGAUACUAAACUACCAGAGUCCAUUACCAAAGCUCCAGGAGAUUCAGGAAGGUCUUAGCAAGAACGGUCUGGCCGCCUAUGUUGUUGUAUCACGGGUAAUGCCCAUCUCGUUAAUGAACCAAUUUGAGGACGAUGUUAAUGACGACUAUGCCUCCAAGAUGAAGUGCUCCAUGUACACCAAUCGCAAGUAUAUUCAGGCGGUUAAGGAGAUCCUGCCUUGGAUGGAGGAGCGGUCACUGUUGGAUUAAGUACGAAGAAGUGAUAAAGUAUAUACCUCCUACUAUAUUUUGGAAAAAUAUGUAUAUAAGUA